AUGUGUGCGCUCCAGCGGGCUGCCUCUCCACUCCAACACAUCGGAAAAAAAACAAACUCUUACAUCAUGUCUGGCAAAGGAAAAGGUGGCCGCGGCAAGGGCAAGGCCAAGUCCUCCGGCUCGUCGUCCUCGGCGUCCAAGGCUGGCCUCCAGUUCCCGGUGGCGCGCCUCAACCGCUACCUCCGCAAGGGCAAGUACGCCUCGCGCGUCGGCGUCGGUGCCGGUGUCUACAUGGGCGCCGUCCUCGAGUACCUCUGCGCCGAGAUCCUCGAGCUCGCGGGCAACGCCGCGCGCGACAACAAGAAGACGCGCAUCGUGCCGCGCCACAUCCAGCUCGCCGUCCGCAACGACGAGGAGCUCAACAAGCUCCUGGGCUCGGUCACCAUCGCCUCGGGCGGUGUGCUCCCGAACAUCCACGCCACGCUUCUCCCGAAGAAGUCGGCCUCCAAGAAGUAA